UAUUUUCAGCCACUUCUCCUGAAUUCGACCUCCAUGCUUUUGCUUUGAGCUUGUGAGUAAUCUGAGUAUUCCAUUAAUUUAUUUCCUAUUUGGUGCUUGAAGAUGUAUGGUGAAUGGUGAGAUAUGUCAUUCAUUGCCACCAUGAACCUGGUUUUGCUGCUCCCAACUUUCAGUAUCUUUAUUGGAGUGUUCUCAGAAGAGGUUUCACAGCCUGGUACUGUGAAUGUUGGAGCUAUAUUCUCAUUCAACACUAUUAAUGGGAAAGUCGCAAGGGCCGCAAUGAAGGCCGCCGAGGAUGAUAUUAACUCCGAUCCAAGUGUUCUUGGUGGAAGGAAAUUGUCUAUAACACUGCAUGAUUCUAACUUCAGCUCAUUUCUUGGCAUUAUUGGAGCAUUGCAGUUCAUGGAGACUGAUACCGUAGCAAUAAUUGGUCCACAAAGUGCUGUGAUGGCUCAUGUUCUAUCGAACCUUGCAAAUGAACUCCAGGUUCCUCUAUUGUCGUUCACGGCUCUAGAUCCCAGCCUGACACCUCUACAGUAUCCUUUCUUUGUUCAAACAGCACCUAAUGAUGAAUUCCAGAUGGCAGCCAUUUCUGAGAUGGUUAGCUAUUUCAGUUGGAGUGAAGUGAUUGCUGUUUUCAGUGAUGAUGAUCAAGGAAGAAACGGUGUAAUCACAUUAGGUGAUAAACUUGCAGAUAGGCGUUGCAGAAUUGCCUAUAAAGCUGCACUGCCACCGGACUCGAUGGCCAAAAGACACGAUGUUUCCAGGGAACUAGAAAAGAUUCAAAUGAUGGAGUCUCGAAUUAUAGUUCUUCACACUGACUCAAAGACAGGUCUCUUGGUCUUUGAAGUGGCCAAGAGCCUUGGAAUGAUGCGGAAAGGAUAUGUUUGGAUAGCUUCUUCUUGGUUGUCCACUGUUCUAGAUUCCAUUUCCCCGCUUAAACCUGAGAUAGCAAACUCAAUCCAAGGAGCACUUACACUUCGCCCUCAUACACCUGAUUCCAAAAGGAAAAGAGACUUUUUGUCACGUUGGAACCGGCUGAGUAACGGUACUAUUGGGUUUAACUCUUACGGUCUAUAUGCCUAUGACACUGUUUGGAUCAUAGCUCAUGCAGUUAGGUUGCUACUCGAUCAGGGGGGCAAAAUUUCAUUUUCAAAUGAUACAAGAUUAAAUGGUUAUACUGGGAGCGGUCUAAAUCUUUCUGCAUUGAAUAUAUUUGAUGGAGGGAAGCAGUUGCUUAAGAACAUAUUGGAGACAAAUAUGACUGGUCUGACAGGGCAUGUCCAGUUUAAUCAAGAAAGAUCCCUGAUAAAUCCUUCAUAUAACAUUAUUAAUGCGGUUGAAACUGAGCAUCGACUGGUUGGAUACUGGUCUAACUACACUGGUUUGUCCAUUGUGCCACCAGAGACACUUUAUUCGAAAAAGCCUAACCGUUCGAGUUCAAACCAACAUCUAGACAGUGUGGUAUGGCCUGGGGGAGAAACGGCAAGGCCUCGUGGCUGGGUUUUUCCUAAUAAUGGAAGAGAAUUAAGAAUUGGAAUUCCAAGGCGAGUUAGUUACCGAGACUUUGUCUUGUUAGUCAAUGGUACCAAUAAAGUGCAAGGAUAUUGCAUAGACGUGUUCCUUGCUGCAAUCAAAUUGCUUCCGUAUGCUCUUCCCUAUAGGUUUAUUCCAUUUGGAGAUGGCCAUAAGAACCCGAGCUAUUAUGAGCUUGUCAGUAAAAUCAAGUCCGGUGUAUUUGAUGGCGUGGUGGGUGAUGUUGCCAUUGUGACAAACCGAACAAGAAUAGUCGAUUUCACUCUGCCGUAUAUAGAAUCAGGGCUGGUUGUCGUAGCUCCAGUUAAAAAGAUAAGCUCGAGUGCUUGGUCCUUCGCACGACCAUUUACUCCAUUGAUGUGGGCUGUCACAGCCGCAUUUUUCCUCAUUGUGGGAUCAGUUGUGUGGAUCCUUGAGCAUAGAAGAAACGAUGAAUUCCGGGGACCUCCUAACCAGCAACUUGUCACAAUUUUGUGGUUCAGCUUCUCUACAAUGUUUUUUGCUCAUAGAGAAAAUGUAGUGAGCACGCUUGGUCGCCUUGUAUUGAUCAUAUGGCUUUUCGUCGUUCUGAUAAUCAACUCGAGCUAUACCGCAAGCUUGACAUCAUUCCUCACGGUGCAACAGUUAUCAUCACCCAUUAAAGGAAUUGAAACCUUAAUAAGUAGCAAUGAACGAAUAGGCUUCCAAGUCGGAUCUUUUGCUGAAGGAUAUCUAAGAGAGGAACUGAAUAUUCCAAAAUCGAGACUCGUUCCACUUGGCUCACCGGAAGAGUAUGCCCUUGCCCUUGAGAAGAGAAGAGUAGCCGCACUAAUCGAUGAGCGACCAUAUGUGGACCUCUUCCUGUCGAAUCACUGUAAAUUCUCGGUUAGAGGCCAGGAGUUCACGAAAGGCGGAUGGGGAUUUGCUUUUCCUAGAGACUCUCCAUUAGCCAUUGACAUGUCAACUGCCAUUCUUGCUCUAUCUGAGAAUGGUGAACUUCAGAGGAUUCGUGACAGAUGGCUGUCGAAACGUGCUUGUAGUUCCGACAAUACUGAGGAUGAUAUCGAACAGCUCGACUUAAAAAGCUUCUGGGGGCUAUUCCUUAUAUGUGGUAUUGCAUGUAUGCUUGCUCUCCUUGUCUACUUUUGGUUGAUGUUUCGCCAGUUCAGCCGGCAGCGUUCCGAGGAACUUGAUACCACCAGCCCUGCUAGCUCCCGUUCCGCUCGUCUUCAUACAUUUCUGUCAUUCGUCGAUGAGAAGGUAGAGAGAUCCAAAAGCAGCUCGAAAAGAAAACGCGAGAGUAUGUCUCGAAAUGGAUAUCAUAUAGAUGAUGAAUCGACACGGAGAUCAGUGAGGAUGGAGAGGAGCAUUUCCCAUGAAAGGCAGAAUGGUGAGACUUGAGUUACUAAAGAUGUAUUCAGUUCCAGCUGUGCAGUACUCUCACAUUCGUCUCCAUCCUUGGGUCGGAAAUGAAUCGGCUUUUUCCGGUUUCGGUCAAAAAUUUUCCUCCUUUUCUCUGGUCUAUCAGUUCUCCUGUGGUUUAUGCUGAAUUCAAUCAGGUAUACAAAGGCAUUAACUUACAAAUGUAGCAUAUUGAUCAAUAAUUCUUAAGAAACAGUGCAAAGUUUAUGGUUUUCAGCUCCGUUUAAACAUUUCAGACUU